UCUCUUUUUCCCGGAUAGCUUGGAAACUCAAUUGCAGCCGUUUCUCUCUCUCUUUGUUCAACUGCCUUUUUUUAUUUCGCAGCUAUUUUUCAAGCUUAUUAGCAGGCGAACAGCAUGAACAGCGGAACCCCUGCUGAGCCAAUGUCGGCCUCAAUUCCAACCGGGGCAGUGGCAACAGCAGCAGACCCUGCGGCGAGCCACACGCCUAGCGAGAGCUUUAUCGACGAGCCAUACUCUGUCGAGCUCUACGACUAUCUGCGCAACACGCCCAAGCGGUACAACUACAUGCUCACCCCAGCAGCCCGCAAGGACAUCCUGCACAAGGUGUCCUGGUAUCUUCUAUCCAAGGACGAUCGUCUGGCGGACCUGGUCCCGCUGGACGAGCGAACAGGCGGCGCGCCGCGGGAGGAGCUGCAGGAUGAAUUUGAGACACCUAUUGAAUAUACUGAGGUCAGGCGCGGACAGCCGUGUGGGCAUGUGUUUAAGCGCGGCGAAGGCGUCUAUAGAUGCAAGAACUGUGCCAUGGACGAUACCUGUGUUUUAUGCACACGGUGCUUCCAGGCCACUGACCACACGGGUCACGACACCUCAUUCAGCGUAAACUCGGGUACAGGCGGCUGUUGCGAUUGCGGCGAUCCCGAGGCGUGGAAGAUUCCGCUGCGCUGCCGCCACCACAGCAGUUUCGAAGAGCUCGACGAAAUCGGCUUUGACCCUAUCAUCUCUUCGGCCGGAGCGCCCUUUGUUCCUGGCUACAACAACCACAACGAGUGCCCAGUAAGCGUCAGACGCGCUAUCGAGCUGACCAUUGCAGUGGUACUGGAGUUCAUUCUGGAGACGUUCUCCACAUCGCCAGUACACUUGCGCACUAGCUUUGACGAGCGAUCCAUCAUUGAGGAUGCGCAGAGUGCGAGCGAGGCACUGGGAGAUCCCGAGGUGCAGACAAAGUUCGCCAUCGUCUUGUGGAACGACGAGGUCCACUCAUUCCAGGACGUCAUCGACCAGUGCACACAGGCGCUAGACUGCUCGCCUGUGGAGGCUCGCAAGAUCGCCGAGACAGUCGAUGUCAGCGGCCGCGACGUCCUGCGGGUCAGCACAUCGAUCACAGAUCUCAUCGAAAUUGCGACGUCCAUGGUCAAUGUGUCGCUCUGCAUAUCUAUUCGUGCUGCCCGCGACGUGUUCCGUGAGCAGCUGUCGGCGUCGCUUCUCAUAUGGCUUCGCGACCUGGCGUGCUGCAAGUUCCGCCCGCUUGCGCGCGUCUUCCAGGGCAAGGUCAACAACGAGAUCCGCUCAGAAAUUAGCCACCAGCUGUGCUUGCGUUGGGAGGCGCCAUUCCGCAACAGCUAUUUGGCAGACAUCCUCUUCAAGCAGUACAGCUACGACAUCCGUCCGAUGGACUCCGACACAGAGGACGUGUAUGCCGAUGGCGAGCUCGAUGACGAAGAGUACCUUGAUGAAGACGACGAAGAGAGCGUCGACGACGAAGGCGCCAUUACACAGGACGAGAGCAACGCAGUACAAUCACCCGCAGGCGCAGCAGCAGCUCCAGGAAACGCAGCCUCCCAGCAUGCACAUGCUGCUACAUCUGCUGCGGCUGCUGCUCAAGAGAUAGGCAUGGUGGUUGAUCUGUCGGAUGCACAGGAUGCCCAGAUGCGGGGCAGAAGGCGGCUCAGGUCAGACAGCACCGACUCGCUGAGGCAGCAAGGCGAGGAGCGCGGCAGCCCACGCAACUAUCCGCAGCCCGGUGCUGUACACGGGCGCAAUGAUAGCGACGCUGGGGCCCCUCCUCCCAGCCUCUGGCUCAAUGAGACGGCUGGUGGCACUGGCGUUCCAUCCUUGCACGCAGCUGUUGGCGCAGCUGUGGAUGCCGUUGACGCAGCACGAUUGUCGCUUGCCCGCUUUAUGCAGCCUAACUACAUGCCCGGACACCCACAGCACUCGAUGGCUCCUGGUGCGUUCCCAAGCACAACGUACCUGUCCGAGGACCCGAAUGCAGACCCGACGCACUUGCUCAUGGCCACGCAGAUUGAGAACGCACCACAGCAGGACCCAGAUCGGGCAUAUGAUCACGCGACGUCCCACGCCAUCAGGCGAGUGCUGCGUGGGUGUGGGCAGCAGCGUCUGGACUGGUUCCUCAUUUUCGAUCUACAGCUGUGGAAGGAGGUGCGGAGCGGCCUGCGUGAGCUGUACAUGGCCACGCUGAUGCUUGACGGCCGGUACAAGAUGAAGAUUGCGCUGACCUUCUCGCGCAACUACCCACGCCUGUCCCGGGCGUUCCUGACGCAGGACCGUGCACCUGAACACUCGGUGCUACUGUUCUCGGUACAGCUGUUUACUGCCCCGACGCUCUCGGCAGAGCUGGUUGACCACCACCGGUUCCUCUACAUAAUACUGAGCGUGCUCAAGAGGUUCUUUGUCGAGCCGACACCCGAGUUUUUGCGCCACCAGGGUGUUGUUCUGUGCGAUACAGAGUCGUUCCGUAAUCGCCGGUACUUCCAUGUGUUCCACGACAUGCGCUAUCUGGCCGGCACACCACAGGUGCGCAACUGGGUGUCGUCCCAGCACCAGUUUCUGGCCACAUAUGUAGGCUUCAUUGGCCUCUUCCAGGGCAUGAACCCGAAUCGCCGUGCAGUCCUUCAGCACGUCGAGUUUGAGGCCGAUACAUGGGUCAACGCGUUCAACGUCACCCUGCAGGUUGCCAAGAGCUGUCGCCAGUUUGCCGAGUGCUAUGGCAUCUCGGCGCGGGAUCUGUUUUUUGCCAUGCGCGGCACACUGCGUGCGCUACGCCAUUCAGUAGCGCUGAUGGCCGAAGAGAACUGUGCUGUAAUCAUCCGCACUGCGCAGAUGCAGGGUCUCUUGGGCCCCGAAGCUGGGCAUACUGUCAACACAGGCGGCAACCUGGGCGAUGCUAUGCCGCUCGUUGCUGAGGCCCACAUUCGGUCGACCAUGUGGGGCAGCCAGUACUACAUCGUCAAGUACGAUGUGGCCUCUUGCCCAGUCAGCUUCCACCACCCGCUGCACUGGUUUAUGGCUGAGCUGUGCCAGCACGUAAAGCUGCUGUCAGAGGACAUUGCGCGCGAGUACGGGUUUGACAGCAUUCGCCACAUGAUCUUCACCGCGUUCAAUGUCUCAUACGACAGCGCACUCGAGGGCCCGACGGACGCAGCCAUGGAUGGCUCUGAUGCGGGUUCAUCGGGCAGCAGUGGCGCUGCUAGCCGCGCAGCACGCUCCCAUAGACGAAUCAUGACUCAGACCGACAUUGAGCGGGCCCAGCACGAGCUCCUGCGUAUCCUUGACUACCCGAUUCGUGUUUGUGUCGUGAUGGCGCAGAUCCGCGCCGGUCUCUGGGUGCGCAACGGCUAUGUGAUCCGGUCGCAGUCGCACCACUAUCGCGAGGUGUCUCUUCGCGAAAACACGUACGACCAGGACAUUGUCAUGAUCCAGUUCUUCCUCAGCAUCUGGCCGGAUACCGAUCACAUCCUGAUGGCCUUGCUUGACCGCUUCGGGCUCUAUGACUGGUUCAGCGGCCAGCCACAUGUGUCGGAGGUGUACGAGCAGUCGCAUCUCCAAUACAUGGUGGAGGAGUUCCUGAAUGUGCUCAUUGUGCUGGUGUCGGAACGCCAUGUCGCCACUGGCAAGAAUGCGCUGGAUCUGGCACGCCGUGAGAUUGUGCACGGAUGCCUGAGCCCGAUCGCAUACUCGGAGCUGUCAAAGAAGAUCCCCGAGCGCUUGGCUGAGCACACCGAGUUUGACAAUCUGCUACAGGAGAUGGCCGAGUACCGCUCUCCCGUCAGCAUCAUGGACUUUGGAAUGUACGAGCUCAAGGACGAGUAUCUGGACGAGGUCGAUCCCUACUUUAUCCACUACUCGCGCAACCAGCGUGAAGAGGUCGAAGAGCUCCUGCACGAACGACUGAAGAAGCGGUUGCGUCGCAGCGGCGGCGACCCUGAUGCCGUGCCUGCCUAUAUCCCGCCCAAGCUUGACCCGAUUCGGUUUGGUCCGUUCCAGCGGCUUGGAAUGGUGCUGCAUACGCCCCUGGCAUGCCAGGUGCUCUUCAACGCCCUGUACCACGCGACAAACACGCCAAACCACUACAUGUCCGAGACCAUGGUUGACGAGGCGCUGCAACUUGUAGUGCUCGCACUCGAGGACGGUCGCCGCGGAGCCGUGGCUCGUGAGAUCGGCGGCCCAGAUGUCAAUCCAGACGGUGAAGAGGGCAACACCCCGAACCGCGGUGGCCUGUGGAAGUACGCCCUCGAGCAGGGCUAUCCAAUGUCCAAGGGCGGCAAGCCAAUGAACUUCCUGGCUCUGGUGCUGUCGCUGGGCCUGCGGUCUGAGCUGAAGCAGUGGAAGCCCAAGCUGGACUACAUCCUCAAGCUCUUCCGCGAGGGUGGGCCGCGCGUCAUCAGCUGCAUCGACGAGUACUACGCAAGCCUCGAGUCAACCCCCCUGGGUAGCCAUGUGCUGAGGACGGCGCAGGACGAGGCCAGCGCUGCCGAGCGCAAAAAGCAGGAGGCCAAAGCGCGCCAGGCGGCGAUCCUGGCCGACUUUGCCAACCGCCAGCAGAAUUUCAUGGCCCAGUUUGGCGACGAGUUUGACGACCUGACUGAUGAGGAGGAUAUCGACAAGGCAGAUGACGUAGUCGAGACCUCCGCUGACAAGGGCAAGGGGUCCGAUAUGAGCCGGGUGCACAACUCGCUGUGGACUACGCCCGGCGGAACCUGCAUUGUGUGUCAGGAGGAAUGCGAUGGCACAAAGCCGUAUGGCAUUCUGUCGCUGGUUCAGGCGUCGCGUGUAGCGCGCACUGCACCGCUUUCUGACGUUGUCAGCGUCACUGAUAUCCUGGGCAUGCCUGGUGGUCUCGACUGCGAAAUCAACGAUGCGCCAGCCAUUGCACCACAGACCCCCGAGAGCUCCAUGUCAGCGAGCAAGAUCAGUGCGCAAAUGCGGCUGGCCGACCAAGCUGGACUCAAUGGGCAGGUCGCAGCUGGAGCAUAUGGCGCGCCGUCCGGCCUUAAGGGGUUCCCUGUGCUGUACCACGAGCGCGGGAUGGUUGCCAAUACCUGUGGCCACCUGAUGCACCUGCGGUGCUUUACCCAGUACUACCAGGGAAUCGAGGCUAAGCGCCAGAAUCAGCCUACACGCAACCACCCAGAGAACCCGCACCGCAAGGAGUACCUGUGCCCGCUCUGCAAGAGCCUUGGAAAUAUCCUUUUGCCCGUCUUGCCCCACGUCGGCGACUACGACCCUCUGACAAUCACGGACCAGAAUCCGGAGCGGUUCGCAGUACCGGCCAGCCAGCGCACCGACCAGGCCACCGCCGAGUUUGAGCACUGGCUGCAAGGCGACUGGCGCGAGCUUGGCGAGACGAUUGUCGCUGUCACCAAUGGGCGGACUUCGUCCAAGGUCGCCCCUGUACUGAGUGGUGGUCCGGGCUCGCAGGCCGAAAGCAGCUCUGGAUCCGACCGUGAAGGAACCUCGCAGGCCAGGACGCCGUCGUCGUCUACUCCUGCCAUUGGCGCGGCGGCAGCGGCAGCACCAGGAGGCUCAACACCCGAGGCACCUGCGGGAUUCCGCGCCAUGGGUCAGACAGCUGAGGAUACCCUGGCCAGCGGCCUGAUUGCGUCGCUUCGGAACGCAGGCGGCUUCAGCUUCAACCUGCCUGAGGGCCUGACCGAGUCCCUGCCGCGCAACCUGGAUCUCCUGCGUGCCGCCCAGCAUCUGCCAGGUGGCUUCGCUGCUGUUCAGACUCUUCUCCAGCGGUUCCUGCAACCCAGCACGAAUGCCGCCUUCUCGCUUGUCCCGGGCUCUGAGCGCAUGGUUUUACCCCUGUCGCAGUAUGUGCGGUGGAUGUUCGGCAUGCACUUUGCCGACACACAUCAUCACCAGCGCAGGCAGGCGCAUAGCGGCACUGGCUCGCACAGCGGAUACUCGACUCCUGAGGCCUCUGGCUAUGACCAAGCGUUUGCUGCUGGAGGACGGCACAUGUUUGCACAAAAUACCGAGGCGCAGAGCCGUGCUGCUGCUGAAAAGGAAAGCCGUAUGCGUGGGCAGCUUGAGGAGUACCAGUUCAUGUAUACGCGCCUGUAUGAGGUUGUGCAGCAAGUCCAGCGUGACAACCACGUCGGGCUGCCGUCGGUUUCCUUGUUUGAACACAUCGGCAAGGGCAAGGGCAAGGGCAAGAGCAAGGGCAAGAGCAAGAGUGCUUUGGGUGUCCAUGGCCAAUAUCGUGAAGGCUCGGACAGCCUCCCCUUCGACGAGGACGAGGAGUUUGAGGAUGCAUACGAGGAUGAGGAUGGCGAUGAGAUCGAUAGCGACAGUGCUUCCUUCAAUCCUGCUGCACCUGUGGGCGCAUCUGCUGGCACCAGUAGUCCUAUCCACAACGCUGCCCAUGGCCGCCAAGGAUACCUGACUGACUCGCCCUUGGCUGGGUUGCCGCAGCUGAUGCAGGUCCUGAGCGACAAUCUGCGCUCAAUUGGCUCCGCUGGUAAUGCGUUGCCCAGUAUCCUUGGUGGAGGCGGUGCCGGCGGAUCUGCUGCCCCAGCUCAUGGCGACCCCUCUGCCCCCCGUAUCUUCCCGUUCGAUCGGGCAGCCACGGCUCUGUUCUCACACUCGCUGGCCAUCCUUGAGCUGGCACAGCGCGGCGUGCGUAACCCGCCGGUCUUUGAUCACGAGGAUUCGCGAAGCCAGCCGUCUGGCACGCUGGUCGAUGGAGUUCCUGAAGCCCACGCGGUAUUCAUGCACUCGCUGGCCAAGAUCGCAGAGAUGCAUUACCGCACUGCUUUUGGACCAGUAUCCGACCUGGCCACAGGCACUGCCAACACUGAUCCUCCAGCUCUGACCCCAGCACAAAAACUGAGGUGGCUGAUGUCUCAGCCGUCGCCGUUGCCGUCGCCGUCGCCCUCACCUGCUCACACCCCUGGGGCAGCAACGGCCCAGAGAGAGGCAAUGCAGCAGACGCGCAUGUCAAUGCUUAAGGACCUUAGCUACAUCCUGGGCCCUCUCACCGGUAUCCCUGUUGUGCGGCCGCGCGAGUCUCUGCACGACCAGUCGGUAUGGCUGACCGGAACCGAUGGCCUGCCGCCGCGCCCGCUGCUGAUGCAAGACUCGGCAUCGAUCUUCACCGAGCUGAGCAUGUCGCUCGUUGUGCCCUUGGGCGUCGAUAUCUGGCAGCUUGUACGCCUGUUCAUGACCGUGGAGCUUGUCCGUGUCUGUGUUGCUGUCGGAGACAGUGUCAUUGGCGAGUACAGCGGUGCGCCCAAGGCACUUCGCGCUGCUCAGCACUUCCCCGUUGAUAUUGGCGCCAGCAUCGCCAAUGCUUCGAGCUCUAUUCCUGGAGCUGCCGGAUCGACGCGCUCACAAGCUGCAGCCGCUGCCGCCGCCGCAGCAGCCGCCGCCGUGGUGUCGGAAAACUCACACCAGCCGUGGAUUGACGCCCCUGAGGCCCGCGACUCCAAGCUGCUGUCGUCGAUUUCGGGUGGUACCGACGCAAAGGUGGUUGAGGCAUCGGCCCCGGGCAUCAACUCGCUCAUUCUGUGGGUCAUUCGCCAGAUCCGUGGGUCAGAUAUGGAUGAAGAGGUCUUGACGCGCUUUAGGUACAGUGCACACCGGACCACGGUGACUAAGCUCGUUGUGUCGCUGAUGCUGCCGUUCUUGCGCCGUCUUGCGCUGACACUGUACCUCCAAUACGGCAUUGAUCUGGCCCGUGAGGCGCCAUGGAUGCGCGAAGAACGUGCACGCGCAGCCACAAACAACGAUCCCCAGAUCAUGGCUCAAUCGGAGCCCGAAUGUGUGCGUCUGCUCAAGAUCUUGAACUUGCCCGAGCUGCACAAGGUGUUUGUCCCCGAGGCACAGCCUGGCAUGACAGCCAUUGUCAGCAACUGGCUCAAGGAUCUGCGCACGUUCCGCAGUCGCCACGGCUCGGCAGUGUCGCUGGGCGCCGGAUACACAAUGGCAGUGCCCGUAAGCAUGCCCACGCCAUACACCCUGGUUGAAAUGCCUGAUCGGUUCGAGGUGCUGUUCGAGCGCUCGGCCAAGGCGUUCUGUCCCCGCUGCAAUAGCGUCCCAAGCGACCCCGCGCUGUGUCUGCUGUGCGGCAGCUUUGUCUGUUCACAGAGCUUCUGCUGCGAAGUCCAGGGCAUCGGCGAAUGCAACAUGCACAUGAAGUCAUGCGGUGGAACCGUCGGCGUCUACCUGCUUGUCAAGAAGUGCGGCCUGCUGCUCUUGCACCAUGACAACGGCUGCUUCAUGUCGGCGCCGUACCUCGACCAACACGGCGAGGUGGACCUGGGGCUGAAGCGUGGCCGUCCGCUAUUCAUCAACCAGAACCGCUACGACGAGAUGCGCAAGCUUGUUCUGACCCAGAAGAUUCCGGUGUUUGUUGCUCGCAAGAUUGACCAGGCGUUUGAUAUUGGAGGCUGGGUCUCGCUCUGACCUUGACAAAACAAAAAAAUUAUUCUCUACGCUCUUCUCUCCUUCGAUGGCAACCCCAUCUGUAUUGAAAACAUUCAUUGAUCGCUGCCUCAGUAUGUCUAUGCAAUGUGUAGUCUAGUGCCGGUGUGCCCAAUGUGUCGACAUUUGGU